UCUUUGAAUUUUGAGGCUGACCAAAUUGGAAAGCAAGCCUACUUCGGUUGGGAUGGUCCCUGAAAAUUCAUUUCCUCCAAUUGAAAUGCUGGUCACAGCAGUCAACAGUCCAAUCAGGGUUGGAAUGGUACCAGUAAGACCCGAAGAAACACGAUUCAGAGCUGUGGUACUGGCGAUAGAAUAGCUUGUACCAAAUAGUUCCACAGUAUCUUUUGCUGCCAGAUGUUCGGUGCCAAUCGAGACGGCGAAAAAGAGCACGAUGACAACGGCCACACCAGCACCAAUAAGGAACAUGGUUUCCUGCGGAGUAAUCUUGUGUUUGCGUAUUCUCUUCCGAAAGGAAUUGUCGACAGGUGGAAGAGGUACAUCCUCUCCAUAUUCCUCUCCAUAUCCCUCUUCGUCCUCAUCGUCCUUAUACUUUUCAAUGUUAAAUGGUUCAAUGUCAGAUGCCGAUGAACCACCCAUAUUGUUGUUUGUUGGCUUUCUUCUCGAGCCGAAAAAGAAGUGCGAAAUAUAUGUCUUUCCGGGAAACUUGUUGAAGAACCCCCUUGCUUCUUGCUUAUUGUGAAUGAGGAAACGCCGGUUGCUUCCUCUCCUAAUGAAAGAAAGUCUGUGAACUCUCUGCCUUUUCAGCAACCCGUCUUCUGUUGGGUAUGGUAGCUCGUAGCAACAAAAGGAUCUUUCGACAAUAAUGAAAGAAGCCAGGUCUCUUUUUUUGCUGGGUUGGAAGUCUGAGAAAAUGGAAUGGAAAAGAUUCGAUUCUGCCGAUGACGAUGACUUGGAAGGUUCGAAUUGACUCUCAAUGCUUUUGAUCAGAUGUGCUUCCUUUUCAUCGCGCGACGGUGAGCCUUUUGGUUGGGCGGAACGACACUGUCCACAACAACACCAACGCAGAACCAAAGCGGCACUGCGUUCCCUCACUCACUGUUUCUAUCAGAUUCGAUUCAUUCUUCUAUUAUUGUACUGGCUAGUAGAUCUACCUUUGUGGCAUUGGCUAGUCUGUUUGUUCAGUUAGUAGUCGGCUACUCAUCAGCAAGGUACCGUAGGAUAGUGAUUUCUGGCGGGUCUUGGCGGCUAGCUAGCUUAGCUAUUGUUAGGUGUUACGAGAGCAGGAAUCAGCACAACAAUGGCUCAGAAUCCUCUAUUAGGAAGCCGCAUCUCGCUGAUAUCGAAGAAGAACAUUCGAUACGAAGGGACUCUCUACUCGAUCAAUGAAUCGAAUGCUACCGUCGCGUUACAGAAUGUUCGUAGUUAUGGAACGGAAGGCAGAGAGAAGCUAGACCCCGAGGUCAACUUUGUGGCCCCCCAGGACGCUGUACAUGCCUAUUUGCUCUUUCGAGGAUGCGACAUUAAGGACCUUCAUGUACACGAAAGUGCUGCUGCCGCCCAACAGCCACCGGCAGAUCCUGCCAUCAUGUCGGCAAAGGCGCCUCCAGGGAGCGACAAUCAGCGGCAACCCUCUGCUACCGGUAGUAAGGAACAAACAGCACCGCCAACGGAGAUAUCAGAAGAGGCGACACCGUCGACGGAUCCAGCGGCACCGGAAACCAAUGGGGAUGCUACCAAGGAAGCUGCUGCCGCCGCACCCACUAAUAAUAAUAAUAGUAGCAACAAGGGAGGCAAACCAGGAAACAACAACAAUAACAAACAACAAUAUCAGCAAAAGAAGAAGAACCCAGCACAUCAAAUUGGAACGGGAGCUAGUCUACUAAACAGAAAAGUACGAGGAAACAAGGAUGGAGCACUUGCGGAAACCCCAUCAGAUGACUUUGACUUUCAAUCCAAACUGAAAGAAUUCGACAAGGGACACGAAGAAGGCGAUGACGAGGCCGGUGACACACCUCAACCAAUCAACGGCAAUGGAGCCAACAACCCUACUAGUUACGAAAAGGAUGACUUUUUCGAUUCCAUCUCAUGUGAUGCCAUUGACCGUCAACAAGGAAUUGACAAUCGGCUUCGCGGGUCGGCCGAACGCAAUCUAAACACGGAAACGUUUGGUGCCGUCGCUCUCAAUUCACAAAGGCGACGGAGGAACCGUGGAAGCGGACAUGGUGGAAGAGGAGGCGGUGGCAGAGGCGGGAGGGGCCGCGGACGUGGAAGAGGUAGAGGAAGAGGUGGCAGAGGCCGCGGUAAAGGAGGCCGGGGCGGUGGGGGCAGCAAGGAGAACCGCCAGCCACAAACUGCCUCGUAGUAGCAGCGACUGAAUGAAUCAUGCCCUUUUUAAAGGUGAUGUGGCAGGCAAAAACGAAUGGCGACACUCAAACUUGGUGCGAGGGAAGGAAACGUUGUUUUAAAAAAAUGGAACAAACUAGAGGAGGCCGAUGAGACAUGCAUCACAUGAUGGUUGAGCUAGAAAGGCGGAUGUGACUUUUUAGAAUAUCGCAAGGUACGAUAAUGAUUAGCAUCUAUACCAAUGUCAAGGCAAUUCAAGAAAGCGUCAGU